GCAAGGAGGUGACACGCACACCCCUCCUUGUCCCUGGGGCUGCCACGUUCGUUAGCGGGGUCCCUAAUUAACACCACCGGCCGGGCAGGCCGUUCCCUGACGCGCGUGGUCCUGUGUUUGGGCUGAGGACGGAGGGGCCGCCCGGGGCGGAGGCGGUGCUGGAUGGCCAGGCCUCCCGCUACUUCGCCUCUCUGGACGCCAGCGUGGGGGCCCUGCAGCAACGAGCCCAGCAGCUCAUCGACAAGGUGAACGACAGCCGAAAGGAGGAUCACACCGUCAUGAGCGGCUUCAGGGAGAGCCUCCUGCUGAAGGUCUCGGGGCUGGCGGAGCAGCUGGAGGAGCGGCUCUUCCAUCUCUACGGCCUCCACAACGAGCUGAUCCAGGAGCGGCUGCAGGAGCUGGCGGAGGUGAUGGAGAGAGUGGGGCAGGCCGAGGACGAGCUCCGGCAGGUUUGCCACACCGUGGAGGCCGCUUACCGGGACCUCUGCCUGCAGCCCGAGACCUGAGA